GCCACGGUGAUCAGCCUGACUGUGAUGAAGGCUGGUCAGUUCGGCCGGAUAUCAAACAACGUUGAUGAAUUCCGACCAGUGAGAGGGCGUCUGAGCGCGAGGAUGACCAAAGGCGAUCCAGCAAGUAGAUCCAAUCUCGACUGGGAACUGAGCGCACAGACUCACAGUGGCCAAAUAGAUCUCGCAGCAGCAGUGCGAGCAUCAGCACCAACCUCUAUCAGGAAGUUGAGUCAGGCCAACCUCACCGGACCUUGAUUUGGUAGUGGAUCCUUGGGCCUUUCCAGAAGGCCCAGGUAAGGCGGUGGUUGAAAGUUGGUGUCUUGCUUCUUCAAGUUGUUUUGACUUGUUCGUCGUGAAGAUGCCGCCCCGCAGGAGCCCCACGAGGAUGAGACCGGGUAAGGCGUAUCGACUUUGUAUCUGGAAAGUAGAUAGCAGGUAUUCUGGUAGUGUUUAGUAGAUAGUAGUCUUGGGGUUCAGGCAUGGAAUGAGGCGGGG